AUGAUUUUGAAGCUCUUAUUUACCAUCACUCUUUUCUUUAAGGUGAUAUCAUCAACACCUGUUCCACCAAAAUCUUCAGAUUCAGUUCAAUUUUAUGAAAAAAGAUACUACGAUUAUUCCGCAAAUGAACCAAUCCGUGGUCUUAAUAUCGGUGGUUGGUUAGUUCUUGAGCCAUAUAUUACACCAUCUUUAUUCGAAGCUUUUGGCGAUGACGUUCCUGUUGAUGAAUAUCAUUACUGUCAGACUUUAGGUCGUGAUGAAGCAGCCAUUAGAUUGUUAGAACAUUGGGGAACAUUCUACACAGAAGAAGAUUUCAAACAAAUUGCAUCUUUAGGAUUCAAUCUAGUAAGAAUUCCAGUCGGUUACUGGGCUUUCAAGACUUUGGAAAGUGAUCCAUACGUUAGUGGUGUUCAAGAAAUAUUCUUGGAUGAAGCUAUUGCAUGGUCUAAGAAAUACGGUUUGAAGGUCUGGGUUGAUUUACACGGUGCUGCGGGUUCUCAAAAUGGUUUUGAUAACUCUGGUCUAAGAGACGCAGUUAACUUCUUAAAUUAUAGCGAAAAUAUCAAUAUUACUUCUGAAGUAUUGGAAUACAUCUUACAGAAGUACUCUGCUGAGAGUUAUGCUGACACAAUCAUCGGUAUUGAAUUAUUAAACGAACCUUUAGGUCCAUCUAUUGAUUUAGAUAAAUUGAAGAAUGAUUAUUACAUUCCAGCAUACGAUUACUUGAGAAACACCUUAAAUAGUAAUCAAAACAUUAUUAUUCAUGAUGCUUUCGAGGCAUAUAACUACUGGGAUGAUUUCUUAACUUUAGAAGAUGGCGCUUGGGGUAUCACGAUUGAUCAUCAUCAUUACCAAGUGUUUUCUACAGGAGAAUUAGCUACCACCAUGGACGAAAAAAUUCAAACUGCUUGUCAAUGGGGUACUGGUGUCUUGAGUGAGGCACAUUGGACUGUUGCUGGUGAAUUUUCUGCUGCACUAACUGAUUGUACUAAGUGGUUGAACGGUGUCGGUAUUGGUGCACGUUAUGACGGUAGCUACGUUAAAGGUAGCGACACUUCAUACUAUCAAGGCUCUUGUGAUAAUAACGAAGAUAUUACCAGUUGGUCAGAUGAAAGAAAGCAAAACACAAGACGUUUUAUCGAAGCUCAGUUAGAUGCAUUCGAAAUGAGAGGGGGUUGGAUUUUCUGGUGUUACAAGACCGAAACCAGUAUUGAAUGGGAUGCUUCAAGAUUAAUUGAAUACGGAUUAUUCCCACAGCCAUUGACUGAUAGACAAUAUCCAGGCCAGUGUUCGAAUUAA